ACGCUGGAUCACACGGUGUCGAACAUCGACUUGUCUUGCUUUUAUGUCAGCUUUUGGUCAAAUGUAGGCCCGAAGGACACUCAGGAUAGCUGCACGAUCGGUGUAAGGUUUCCCCUCUCUCAUCACUUCUGCAAGCAGCAGCCUCACAGAUAGAACAUUUGAGCGUCCAGCCUGCAAGAAGAGUGCUAUCCAGAGUGUUUCACCUCUUUGAAUAGAUUGAAUCAGUGCUGCCCAGCCAAUGCAACGUCUUAUUCCAUAUCUCUAAUGUUCCAGUGCAAACAAGUUCUUGAUAUCGUUGACUUUUUACCAAGAGCAGUCCAACAACAGCUGCUGAUUACAGCCGGCGCGGCUCUCAGCUUGGCUGGCUAUAAUCCAGAUGCCAGAGGACCCAAAUACAAGACUCCACUGAAGAAAAGACUCUGAGGAAAUAGUUUUUUUUCCCUUGUCAUUCUUGUUUUUGUUCACUCGGGUGCAGUCAUGGGGCCACAGGCUACGGUUACUACCGUGUAACCAUCUUCUUCUGCAUGUUCAUGGGCUACGCGCUGUACUUCUUCAACAGGAAGACCUUCUCCUUCGUGAUGCCAUCAGUGAUGGAGGAGAUCCAACUGGACAAAGAUGACUUGGGUCUGAUCACCAGCAGCCAGACCAUGGCCUAUGCCAUCAGUAAGUUCAUCAGCGGCGUACUGUCGGAUCAGAUCAGCGCCCGCUGGCUUUUCUCCAUCGGACUCUUGUUGGUGGGAAGCAUCAAUGUCGCCUUCUCCUGGUCCUCCACUGUCCCCAUGUUCUCGCUGCUCUGGUUCAUCAACGGCCUGGGACAAGGCUGUGGCUGGCCCCCGUGUGGCAAAGUGCUGCGCAAGUGGUUUGAGCCCUCCCAGUUUGGAACAUGGUGGUCUGUGCUGUCCUGCAGUAUGAACCUGGCUGGAAGUCUGGGUCCGGUCCUGGUCACGGUGCUCCUGCAGUACUACGACUGGAGGACUAUCCUGACCAUGUCCGGCAUUUUCUGUGCUGCCUUCUCCUUUGUCUGUGUGGUGUUUGUAAAGAACGAGCCAAAGGAUGUGGGCCUGCCCAGCAUCGAGGCCGCAGUCAAGAAGGGCACCAAGGGAGGGACCAGUGAGAGCACCCUGAGGGAGUUCCUCCUCUCUCCGUUCCUGUGGGUGCUGUCUCUGGGCUACCUGGUGGUGUUCGGUGUGAAGACGGCGGCCACCGACUGGGGACAGCUGUUCCUCAUGCAGGAGAAAGGCCAGACUGUUCUCAUGGGCAGCACCUACAUGAGUGCCUUGGAGGUGGGGGGUUUCGUGGGCAGCCUGGCAGCAGGCUUACUCUCUGACAGAGCUGUAGCUCGGCAAGGCCUGGGCACCCACGGCAACCCUCGCCACGGCCUGCUCAUUCUCAUGAUGGCCGGGAUGUACGUGUCCAUGUACCUCUUCAGAGUCACCAUCACGCCUGAAGUCCCACAGGAGGCUCCUCUUUGGGUCCAAGUCAUUCACCCCAUCUCUGUCGUCAUUGGUGUAUCAGAAAAAGAGAUCUGGAUCCUGUUCCUCGGUGCUAUGUUUGGAUUCUCUUCUUACGGACCUAUUGCCUUGUUUGGGGUGAUAGCCAGUGAAAGUGCUCCUUCAAACUUUUGUGGAACCUCUCAUGCUGUUGUAGCUCUGAUGGCAAAUGUGGGGGCUUUUAUGGCGGGGCUUCCCUUCAGUACGAUUGCCAAACACACAGCUGGGACAUGGCUUUCUGGGUAGCCGAGGUGAUAAU